AUGGAGUUAAAAUUGUUUAAUUCACAGGCUAAAGAGUUAGUAGGAUUAAAACUGGAAGCGGGGAAUGAUAUAACCAUCUAUUUAUGUGGACCCACGGUUUACGACCAUAUUCAUAUCGGUAAUUUACGACCGGUGAUUAUUUUUGAUGUUCUUCAUCGUUUAUUGCUAACCCUAGGCGUGAGCGUAAAUUACGUGCAAAAUAUUACUGAUAUUGAUGACAAAAUUAUUGUUAAGGCCCAACAGGAAAAAUCGUCUGAGAAAAAAAUUACUAGCCAUUAUACCAGGGCUUAUUUGGCUAACUUAGUGUGGUAUAAUAUCCUUUUUCCAACUUAUUUUCCCCGUGUAAGCGAUUAUAUUCCUUUUAUUCAAAGAUUCAUUAAAAAUUUACUCGCAAAAAACGCCGCUUACCAGCAAGCAGAAGAAGUGCUUUUUAACGUAGCCGGCCAACCAAACUACGGGGAGAUACCCGGAAAAUUACUUCAACUGCUAAAAGAGAUAAAAAAGAUUUUGUUUUGUGAAAAAAAACCGCCGUGGGAAUUAACUGGUCUUCGCCAUGAGGGGAAGGCCGACCAGGAUGACAUACCGACCCAUAUCCAUCAAGACCAAGAAAAAAUGUCAAAGUCGUUGGGAAAUGUUAUUUUAGCCAAACAUUUUCACCAAAAAUACGGGUCUAAUGUUCUUCGUUAUUUAGUCUCAAACAGUCGUUAUAAUCAAGUAAUUAAUCUCAGCGAGGAGUUAAUUCAACAAGCAACAAAUUACACUCAGAAAAUUAUCAACUUACUCAAAAAAUUAAACUUUUAUCUUUACCAAAAAAAUAUUACCGGAAUAAAGAAAACGUUUAUCAAAACUGAAACUUAUCAGGAAGUCAUUCAACAUUUAUCCAACAACCUUAAUACCAUAAAAGUCCUUUAUUUGCUGAAAAAAAUUAUUAAUUUUCUCAAUAAAAGCAUCGUGGAGGAAAAAUUUACUGUUGAGUUAGAGGAAAAAAUUAGCGAUUUAUAUUUCAUUCUGAACAUUUUGGGUUUUAAGUUUGAUGUACCUACUUAUGAUUUUUCUACCAAACUACUUAUUAAAAAAUUAACCCAACUCCUCAAAAAAGACCAGCGGCUAAUAAUAGACGGUCAUCUUGCCAAAAACAAAAUUAUCGAAUUAGCAUUCCAAUUAGACAAAGAACUUUUAAAACUCUUACUUUCUUCCCCAGAAAUUAAAAAAGCAUUUUUCCAAGAAGUAGAAAAUAUUCUGGUUUUUGACAAAAUAAAAUUUCAAAGUUUCGUUUCUAACAAACAAUUUCUCCCGGAUAGUUUUACUAAAUAUAAAAACAAAAUAGGAUUAACCGCUAACGGACAAUAUCUCGCUGACAUAUUAACUAAUUUUCAAAAAUACGAAGCAGGAAAAGAAGUGCCAAUUAACGAUAUUUUGCCAAACGACAAUUUAAUUAUCAAAGGCAAUAAUCUUUUUUCUCUUUAUUCACUAAAAGGAAAGUAUCAGGGCAAAAUCAAAUUAAUUUACAUUGACCCUCCUUAUAAUCCGGAUAGUAAAUCUAAUACUUUUGUUUACAAUAAUGCUAAAAAGUUAUUAACUUUUGAUGGUUGUUUAAUUGUGGCAAUUGACAAAAACGAACAAGCUGAAUUAACUGUUUUACUGAAAGAAAUAUUUCGCGGUUAUGAAAUUCAUGUUAUAACUAUCGUUCAUAAUCCAAGAGGAGCCCAAGGUGCUAAUUUUUCUUAUACUCAUGAAUACGCUAUUUUUGUUAUUCCCGAAGGCAAAAAAACGAUUGGCGGAGAGAGUUUGAGAACGGACGCUAAAAAUUGUUUUUAUCCUAUUAUUAUUGAAAAUGAAAAAGUAAUCGGUUUUGGAGAAGUAGUUGCCGACGAUUAUCAUCCGGAAAAGCAGACGACCGAGAAAGAAGGUCAAUUUUAUGUUUGGCCUAUCGAUAAGGACAAAGUUGAAAGAAAAUGGCGUUAUGCUCGCCAAACGGGAAACGACAAAAAUGCUAUCAUUUUAGACUUUUUUGCUGGCAGCGGCACCACGGCUCAUGCGGUAUUAGAACUUAAUAAGCAAGAUGGAGGAAACCGGAAAUUUAUCAUUUGCGAACAAAUGGAUUAUGUUGAAACCGUAACCAAAGAAAGAAUUAGAAAAGUUUGUGAAAUUGAUAAUAAAGAAAUUUGGGAGCAAAUGAAAAAAAAUGGGUUUUUGAGUUAUAAACUGGAACCCAAAAACAUUGAUAAUUCCAAAAAAGAAUUUUCUGAACUAUCUUUUCCCGACCAGCAAAAAUUCUUAAUUACCCUUUUGGAUAAAAAUCUUUUGUAUGUUCCUUAUUGUGAUAUGGAAGAUGAAAGUUAUGAAAUGUCCGAGGAAUUAGGAAAGAAAAACAUUAAGUCUACUUCACUUCCGUCAAUAAUAAACGAAAAUCUUAACCCCAAAUUUUCCCUUCGUGACUAUCAAAAGGAAAAUUUUGAAGGCAAACCAAAUCAACACCAACUCCUAUUUCUAAUGGCAACCGGCAGUGGCAAAACUUUAAUGAUGGCCGGACUGAUUUUGUAUUUAUAUCAACAAGGCUAUCGUAAUUUUCUCUUUUUUGUUAAUAGCACUAAUAUUAUUGAUAAGACCAGAGAUAAUUUUUUGAAUGAUACUUCAAUUAAAUAUCUUUUUAAUAAAACCAUUUCUUUUGAUAACAAAAAAAUUACUCUACGCGAAGUAGACAAUUUUCAAACUACCGAUAACGAUAAUAUUAAUAUUUGUUUUGAAACUAUUCAAGGGCUUCAUUCUCGUUUAAAUAUUCCUCGUGAAAAUAGUUUGACUUAUGAAGAUUUUCAAGACCAGAAAAUUGUUCUUAUUUCUGAUGAAGCACACCACAUCAAUGUGGAAACUAAAUCUGACUCAAAACCUUCCAAAGAGGAAAAAGAAGAAAUAAAAAAAUAUGCUCCUAGACUUAUUUUCGAUUAUCCUCUCAAGCAGUUUCGCCGUGAUGGUUAUUCCAAAGAAGUAAGAGUAUUACAAACGGACGCCGAAAUUUUUGAACGUGCUCUCCAAGCCGUAUUACUGAGCCAAUAUCGCCGCAAAAUAUUUGAAAAAAAUGGAAAAAUAAUAAAACCGGUUAUUUUAUUUAAAUCUAAAACUAUUAAGGAAAGUGAAGAAUUUCAAGAAAGAUUUAUAAGGGGCAUAGCAACGCUUACAAGUGAUAAACUUAAAGAAACUGAAGCCAAUUCCAAAGACGAAACUUUAAUAAAAUCAUUCAAAUAUUUUGCUAGUAAUAAUAUCUCCUUAGAUAAUUUGGUUGCCGAACUACAAGAAGAUUUUUCGGCCGAAAAAACGCUCUCGGUUAAUAGCCAAAAUGAAAGUGAAAAAAAUCAAUUAGCCGUGAAUACUUUGGAGGACCCUAAUAAUGAAUACCGGGCCAUUUUUGCGGUUGAUAAACUUAAUGAAGGUUGGGAUGUGCUUAAUCUUUUUGAUAUCGUUCGUUUGUAUGAUACCCGAGAUACCAAAAAUAAUAUUCCCGGACCAACUACCAUUAAAGAGGCUCAAUUAAUCGGCCGCGGGGCUCGCUAUUGCCCUUUCAAAAUUAAUGAAACUGACGACCCUUCUAAACGAAAAUUUGACCGCGACCUCCAAAAUGAAAUGCGGGUUUGUGAAGAAUUAUACUAUCACAGCAACUAUAAUCCUCGUUAUAUCCAAGAAUUAACUUCGGCUCUGAUAAAGACCGGAAUUAUCCCGGAUAAUACCAUCAAAAGAAAACUUAUCAUUAAAAAAGAAUUUAAAGAUACGGAAUUUUACCAGUCUGCACUUUACAAAUUCGAAUUUUAUUCAUUUUCUAAUUUGAAAAAAUGGUUUCCUAAUUUAGAAAAACUGGAUGAGCUUAUUAAAAACGAAAAGUAUUUAGGAGGAGUAAAAAUAACUGUUUCUGGUCUGGAAUCUCAGUUCCAAGAAUUAAAACCCGAGGAUGAAAUUAAUAUUUUAACAAAAACUAUCGAACAAAUUACUUCUAAUUUGGUUUCCAACAGUCCUGAAUUCAGAGGAAGUAAAGAAUUUAAACACAUCUUAUUAAAGAAAAAAAUUGAUGAUAAGGAACUCAAUUUUGCCCCAAAUGAAA